AAAGGAACUUCCUGUUCCACAGAGAGGAACAGCUUUUUGUCAGCUGGUUUACAGCUACGUCAACUACCUAAACAAAGCUCAUAAGUUUACACGGGCCGCUGAAUGACCUGGAGCCGGCUGGAUUAUGGAUGAAGUGACAACUCCGCAUACAUGGCACGGAGUUGGGCAACUUUAAAAACCGGACUCGAACGCGGCGCCACUGGCCAGCUUCAUGAAAGAGACGGUGUUAUUGUCCUAGCUCGCUGGCUAACGUUAGCUAUUUGUUUGCACCGAUAUGGCUAGCAGGGAGAUGUAUCAGCGGCAGGCGGACCUUCGGCCGGCGGUCAACGUAAAGCAGGAGCAGGAUGAUGACUCGGACACGGAGGAGAGCCAGCUGCUGGGGCUACGGAGGGCGGACGGACUGGAGUCCCAGAUCAUCCACAGCGGACACUUUAUGGUGUCGUCGCCUCACUGCGAGCACCCCCCGAAGAAGGGCUACGACUUCGACACUGUGAACAAACAGACCUGCCAGACGUAUCAUUUUGGCAAGGCGAGCAUGUCGCACCUCUCUAUCGACGCGUCCCUGACUAAACUCUUUGAAUGCAUGACCCUCGCCUACAGUGGGAAGUUAGUUUCUCCAAAGUGGAAGAACUUUAAAGGUUUAAAGCUGCUGUGGCGAGACAAGAUCCGUCUGAACAAUGCCAUUUGGAGAGCCUGGUACAUGCAGUAUGUGGAGAAAAGGGAAAAUCCUGUUUGUCACUUUGUAACCCCCCUGGAUGGAAACAUGGACUCGGAUGUCAAUCGUCCUGCUGAGGUUGUUGCAACAGAUGGAAAAUGUUGGAAAAGAAGAAUUGAAAUAGUUAUAAGAGAGUACCACAAGUGGAGAACAUAUUUUAAAAAGAGGCUACAGAAGCACAAAGACGACGACCUCUCAAGCUUACUGAAGGGUCCAGAGGAGCAGUUGUCACUGUUUGGGGAAGUAUCUCCAGACAUGGUCCGUGCUUCCUUUUACCAGGAUGAAGAGCUUGCUGUACGGCGAGCGUCUCGCAAGCAUAAUGAAAUGCCUGCCCCCAUGGAGAUGGACCCGCUCUUUGACAUGGACGUUCUGAUGUCAGAGUUCUCUGACACCUUGUUCUCCACGCUGGCCUCACACCAGCCUAUAGCCUGGCCCAACCCAAGGGAAAUCGCUCAUGCAGGGAAUGCAGACAUGAUCCAACCAGGACUCAUCCCCUUACAACCCAACCUUGACUUCAUGGACUCCUUUGACCCUCUACAAGACUUAUUUCACAGCCUCCGUCAGCCUGUCUUCCCCUCUGUUCCCCCCACUGCAUCAUCUGUCACCCCUCAACCCAGCAGCAGCUCUCAGACGCAGACACCGUUAAUGUCCUCCCUUCAGCUCUCAGGCAGCCAAAUAACCCCUACCAGCCCCCUGCCCCCCCGUUCUCCAAUGGACAGCCAGGCCAGUCAGACAGAUGCUGGUGGCAAAUCUGCAUACGUACCAAACUACAUGCCCCUGUUUGGUGGACAGGUGACGUCCAGCGAUCCACCAGUAGCUUCCUCUGUCUCCCGGCCUUUGUCCCAAGAUCCUCCGGCGCAGUGCCUUCCAAGUCAGACUUUGACCCCAGCAGGACCCAUGGUUCCUUUCCCUCUGAGCGUGUUGGAUGAGACCAUCCCUACCUCUGUGGUUACACACACCUCCCCUUCUACCGUCACACCCAGUGUUAAGACUACCACCUUCAGCAACAUCUCCGCUUCUUCGUCUAAGGUCAAGCCUCGGGCCCAGCUUCCCGCCACUCACGUCCAGCAGCCUAAAGUCUUCGCCAUGCCUCGCUCUUUUCAGGGAAACUCCAGCAAAGUCCGUCCGGUGCAACGGAUUGCCCCAGCCCUCUCUUCCCACCUCCUCUUUCCAGCCCCGUUCUCAGGUCAUCCAGGUGCUGUGAUCGUUUCAUCCCCAGCCCCCACUGGAGUGGUCAUUACCCCCUCCCAGCUUGGAGCGGCGUCUGGGUUUCAGAUGUUGUCUCCUACACCAAAGUCUCCUCAGUCUAUCGCCACAAGUGAAAAGUCAUUUUCUACUUGUCAAAACAAUCAGAAGGAGACCGCCGGUGGCGUUCACAGUAAUCCGGGGUCCAGUCAAGGGUCCCCUCACGGGUUAGAUCAAGUUCCCAGUCCUCAGUCAAUCAUCAGCAGCUGCUCAGUUCUGAUAAAGAAUGAGUACAAGCAGAGCCGGAGGACACCCCACGUAUCUGCUGAACAAAAGAGACGAUCAAACAUCAACAUCGGCUUCAAGACACUCUGCACUUUGGUUCCCACUCUCAAGUCACAGUCUAAUAUUACUAACGCGGUCACCCUGCAGAAGACGGUGGAGCACAUUGGUAAGCUGCAGCAGGAGAGGCAGCAGAUGCAGGAGGAGGUCAGGAGACUGCGAGAGGAGAUAGAGGAGCUCAGCGCAUCUAUAAACUUAUGUCAGGAGCAGCUACCUGCGACAGGUGUGCACAUGAGGCGGAGUCGUUUGGACUACAUGCAAGAGAAGUUCGACGAAUACGUGAAGACACGCACUCUGCAGAACUGGAAGUUCUGGAUCUUCAGCAUCAUCAUCAAGCCCCUAUUUGAGUCUUUCAAUGGGAUGGUGUCAACAAUGAGCCGGACUGAGCUGCACCAGACCACGCUGCAGUGGCUUGAUAAUCAUUGUUCUCUUCCUGUUCUUAGACCCAUGGUGCUGAGUACACUUCGUCAGCUGAGUACGACCACCUCCAUUUUGACCGAUCCCUCCCUCCUUCCUAAAGAAGCCAUCGAAGCUGUCGCACCCACAGACCGGUAGUCCGACUCGCGAGAGCUGAGGUGAACAUUUUUGACUCCAGUCGUCAAAGAAAGCACAUCUACUCUUCCUGUAAGACUUUUUGGAAUGUGUUUUCCAAAGAUCCCGAAAGUCCUAGAGAAGUAAUUAAAAACAAAGACUACUACAAGUACUACAUUGGUCUUGUUUACGUUUGUGGCAUGCUGACUGAUGGGAAUGAUGCAGUAAACGACUACUGCUUCCACCGAUCUCCUGAAUACUUUAUUUGAAGCUGGUACUUGUGGUUUAGACAUCGAACAGUGAUAUGGAUUUAGGAAGGAAAGGUGUUCUUUGUGUGAAGGACGUAUUUAAAAAGGGAAGCACAGAGUGAAUGUUUGUUCAGAAUAAAACAUUUUUUUUACCAGGAGACAAAUCCGGAAUUCUAGGGUUUUUUUUUUCUAGUGCAAAUGGGAGAUGUGGUUUUAUUUUUAGUGUAUUUAGUAAGACCCCAUGUGGGGAUCAAUCAGCACUAUUUCACAUCGCUCAAUUACUCAUGUGAGUGUAGAUUACCGGUUAACACCAGUGUAAUCCAUCCACUCUUAACUUCUGCCGUUAGGGCAUUCUGCCUAAGGAUCAAAAUACAAAUAAACACAGACGUGCAUGUUCUGACACGACUGAGCCAAAUUAUUUUAAACCCUUGUAUGUAGCAGAACCGACCGUACAAAGCAGUACGCAUUAAAGAACUACAAUUAAAGAUUAAUGAUUUUCUCUGCAAAAAGGGUUUUCUAUUGUUUUAUGGUUACUCAGGUCCAUGCUAGUGCAUGAGGUUAUUGUGUGAUCUGGACUGAUCCCCUGGGCCGAUUUAAACUACAUGUUACACUAAUUUGUAUCAAAGAAACUCAACAAAAUCCAUAUUGAGGAGUUUUAUUUUAUUCCUUCUUAAAAUGGCAAAGCUUGAGAGAAAAUAUGGAAACAUAUCUGUGAACGUCAGUCCUAAGGUCAAGUGUCCUUGCAGGAUGUUUUUGUUUUCAUUUGCCCAUGACUCCUCAGGCAGAUGUGGCUUUUUGUUGUGUAUUUGUUUUUCAAAGGCAUUGUUUUUUAUUCAAAGCUUUUUUAGAUUGCAACAUUUUAAUGUGAAUUCUCUUUAGAGGUUUGGCUUUUCUAUGAGGUGAAAUGCUUGUGAAAAAUGAAACGCUAGUGAACAAAGCAGCGAUCAAAGAUUGACACUGGCAAAGUGUUAGAUAUUUCACUUGGGUUCGCUUGGAUCUGGUCGUUUCUGCACAAUUUUAACAUAAAAAGUGGGAAAUGGAAGUCCAAUAUGAUGUUACAAAGCUUUUUAUUUUUACCCCAAAGUGAUUCAUUGGUCUUUUUUUUUUUGUCUUAGAAAGAACAAGACACCUCUGAAUGUUGCUCUUGUUUCUCGCCCAUGAUUCUGUUUCUCCUGGUUGCACAAAAAGCAUCGGUUCAGAUUGUGAGGUUUUAGAAACGUUCUGUUCCCAGAUUUUGAGUCAUUUCCAUGGAAGUUCUUUGCCCUAUUCAUGUCACACAAUAUAUUACUGCAGAUUAGAUCUGCAUAUGUCAGUUUUCCCAUAUCCCUUUAUAGGAUGUUUGUUUUAAGAAAAGAACAUUUUCUUAAGAUGUGUGUUUUCUUAUGAGUGUUUUCAGAUGUUGGUGUGUAAAAUGUUAUCAAAUGCCUUAAAUCGCUUUGAAUCUCAAUAAACACAAGAGCAUUAAAGUCA